AUGACUGGCACUUUGGCAAAGAUCUGCAGAGCAGGAUUCCUGUCCUCUUUCAUCCUCAUCUCAUACACAGCCAUGGCAUCUUCAAUGACUCUUGAUUUAACUGAACUGAGAAACAAAGUUUCAAAGCUCAAGGUGAAUCCAAGAGGAAAUCUAUGGGCCACAGGUAAGAUAAAUAAUAAUCUGGCAAUUUUUCAUUUGAUUUUGGAUUGACUAUAAUAUGAGUGUGUUUUGUAUUAACUAGGGCAUUUUAUGGGAAAGAAAAGUGUUGUGGACAGUUCCUUGGUGGAGUCUUCUUUUGAAGAUGUAGAUGUCCCCAUUCAAGUUAAAGAUGUUAACUCUCUGUACCGAGCAGAAGAGCUGCUGGAAUGGCUCACUCACCGAUUGAAAGCUGCCGAGCUUACACAACAGAAAAAGGCACUGGACAUGUCAGUCAAUCAAUACCACUUAUUUCAUUGUCAUUUAUAUAAUAACCCAGCAACUGUCAAACUGAUCAAUUUUGUAUUUCUGUCCAUUUAGAGUGGGAGAAGAUGCUGCUUGA